AUGCGCGGUUUUAGUAUAUCUGUGCAUCCGAAAUCCUUUCCAUUUGCAGAAACCAAUCAACAACCUCAACAUCUCCAUUGUCUACAACAGCAAGUCAGUUUGUACGCUAGAUGCUGCCAAUUCCUACUGGACAAUGAUCAUCGUGAAGAGCGCCCUCACAAACUACGUCCGGCGACUUCAGUCGCGGGAAGUCGUUCUGCGACAGGUUGCCAAACUCGGAGUCAAGGUGGGGUCCUCUUCAGUCUUGGGCUUCCCGAAAACGGUCUAAUACCCCCCAAACUCCUCAAAGAAGUCGCUCAAUUCGAUGACAUCCUGCUCGCCAGCUACACCGACACCUACCACAAUCUGACCCUCAAGACGAUCUCCAAUCUGCGCUUUGUUCACCACCACUGUCUGCACGCCAGUCCCUCCUUUGUUUUCCUCGAUGAUGAUCAUGGAAUCAAUCUGCAACAGCUGCGCCAAUUCUUCUCAAAUUUGUCACUCGUGGAGGUCCGCAGAAGCGUGUUUGGUUUCAUUAACUAUAACAAACCGGUGAUUCGUGAUGCUGACGAUAAAUGGUUCACCUCGAUUUCGGACUACCCGUUCCCACAUUAUCCCGAUUAUCCGAUCGGUCCUUGCUAUAUCAUCGGCGCCGAUAUUAUAAAAAAGCUCUCUAUCGCUUCGGCCUUCACACGUCUCAUGCCCAAUGAGGACGUCUAUGUGGGCAUGAUGUUGAUGAAGCUGGGUGUCCGUAUUCAACCCCUACCAAAUAUGCGCAUCCAUCGCUCACACUUUCCUCGAAAUUUUUCCCCCCUGGUAGCAGGUUUGCAAUUCUUCACCAAAGAACUUGACAUAUCAUAG